CAGGCCGGCCGGGAGGGAAGCCGGGCCGAGCCGGGGCCAUGACCGUGGAGCAGAACGUGCUGCAGCAGAGCAACUCGCAGAAGCACCAGCAGACGUUUCUGAAUCAGCUGAGAGAGAUCACUGGUAUCAAUGAUACUCAAGUACUGCAGCAAGCCUUAAAGGAUAGCAAUGGAAACUUGGAAUUAGCAGUCGCUUUCCUUACGGCAAAGAAUGCUAAGAUUCCUCAGCAGGAAGAGACAACAUACUAUCAAACAGCACUUCCUGCCAAUGACAGAUACAUCAGUGUAGGCAGCCAAGCAGAUACAAAUGUAAUUGAUCUCACAGGAGAUGAUAAAGAUGAUCUUCAGAGGGCAAUUGCCCUUAGUUUGGAGGAAUCAAACAGGGCAUUUAGGGAGACGGGAAUAACAGAUGAAGAACAAGCCAUUAGCAGAGUUUUAGAAGCCAGUAUAGCAGAAAACAAAGCAAGUCUGAAAAGAACGCAUCCAGAAGUGUGGAGCGACUCUCCAAACCCUUAUGAUAGAAAACGUCAAGAUAAUUGUCCAGUGGGAUUAAAAAAUGUUGGCAAUACAUGUUGGUUCAGUGCAGUUAUUCAGUCGUUAUUUCAUCUGCUGGAAUUCCGAAGACUAGUCUUGAAUUAUAGUCCUCCUGCAAGUGCUCAAGAUCUGCCACGGAACCAAAAGGAACAUAGAAAUUUGCCUUUUAUGCGUGAAUUAAGAUACCUAUUUGCACUUCUUUUUGGCUCCAAAAGAAAAUAUGUUGAUCCAUCAAGAGCUGUUGAAAUUCUUAAAGAUGCGUUCAAGUCCAAUGACUCCCAGCAGCAAGAUGUCAGUGAAUUCACCCAUAAAUUGUUAGAUUGGCUAGAAGAUGCUUUCCAAAUAAAAGCUGAGGAGGAACAGGAUGGAGAGAAGCCAAAGAACCCGAUGGUAGAACUGUUUUAUGGGCGGUUUCUAGUAGUUGGCGUUCUUGAAGGGAAGAAAUUUGAAAAUACAGAGAUGUUUGGCCAGUACCCGCUUCAGGUUAAUGGCUUCAAAGAUCUGCACGAGUGCCUAGAAGCUGCAAUGAUUGAAGGGGAAAUUGAAUCCUUACAUUCGGAAAAUUCUGGGAAGUCUGGCCAGGAGCACUGGUUUACUGAGCUACCUCCAGUCUUAACAUUUGAGCUUUCAAGAUUCGAAUUCAAUCAAGCUUUGGGAAGGCCCGAGAAAAUACACAACAAGUUAGAAUUCCCUCCAAUUUUAUAUCUGGACAGAUACAUGCACAAAAACAGGGAAAUAACACGAAUAAAGAGGGAUGAAAUCAAGAGACUGAAAGAAUACCUCACAGUAUUGCAACAGAGAUUAGAAAGGUAUUUAAGCUAUGGCUCCGGUCCUAAACGGUUCCCCUUGGUAGAUGUCCUACAGUAUGCACUGGAGUUUGCAUCAAGUAAGCCGGUCUGCACAUCUCCUAUUGAGGAUCUUAAUACUAGUGCUCUCUCUACUGGUGCUUUGUCAACACAGACAAUACCAAGCACAACAGAACAGGGGCCUUCUGCAGAUGCACAAAGCACAUCUCCUGCACAACGAUCUGUAAUACACAAGCCAUUCACACAAUCCCGGAUUCCUCCAGAUCUACCAAUGCAUCCAGCACCAAGGCACAUAACAGAAGAAGAACUGUCAGUGCUAGAAGGCUGUUUACACCGUUGGAGGACAGAAGUUGAAAAUGACACUAGAGAUUUGCAAGAAAGCAUAUCUCGAAUACAGCGGACAAUUGAACUAAUGUACUCUGACAAAUCAAUGGUACAGGUCCCUUAUCGGUUACAUGCUGUAUUAGUCCAUGAAGGCCAGGCAAAUGCAGGGCACUACUGGGCAUAUAUUUAUGAUCGUUGCCAAAGGAGGUGGAUGAAGUAUAAUGAUAUUUCUGUGACUAAGUCAACAUGGGAAGAGCUGGAGCGAGACUCGUUUGGUGGCUACCGGAAUGCAAGUGCUUAUUGUUUAAUGUAUGUCAAUGAUAAGGAACCAUUUUUAAUACAAGAAGAAUUCAGCAAGGAAACAGGUCAUAUGCUUGUUGGGAUGGAUACACUGCCUCCUGAUUUAAGGGAUUAUGUAACAGAAGACAACAAGCGCUUUGAAAAAGAGCUAGAGGAAUGGGAUGCCCAGGUGACUCAAAAGCCACAACAGGAAAAGCCAUUAACAACCCAGACACCCCGGGUGUCUAUGCCAUCCACUGCCCAAGGAGGAGAACCAGAAUAUCUAGAACAACCUUCAAGGUCAGAUGUCUCAAAGCAGUUGAAAGAAGACUCUGUACGAGCCAUCACAAAAGCAUUCACUGAACAAGAAGAUAAAGGUUCUGAGGCUAUUAUGCACAUGAAUUCUGAUAGUACCCCAGUUCCAACAGUUCCUACCCAGAAAGUUGUAGAGGUGGCGAUUCCUGAUGUAGGAACUUUUGUGAUUGAAUCAGAGGAGGGGGGUUAUGAUGAUGAGGUCAUGCUGACCCCGAACAUGCAAGGUAUUAUCAUGGCUAUAGGUAAAGCUACGAAUGUAUAUGACAGGUGUGGGCCAGAAGCAGGGUUCUUUAAGGCAAUAAAAUUGGAAUAUGCACGGCUACUAAAACUGGCCCAAGAAGACACUCCGCCUGAGUGUGAUUAUCGUUUGCAUCAUGCAAUUGUUUACUUUAUCCAAAACCAGGCACCAAAGAAAAUUAUUGAAAGAACAUUGCUAGAGCAAUUUGCUGAUCACAAUCUGAGUUUCGAUGAAAGGUGUCGAAACAUCAUGAAAGUGGCUCAAGCCAAAAUUGAAAUGAUAAAGCCAGAUGAAGUCAACAUGGAAGAAUAUGAGAAGUGGCAUCAGCAGUACAGGAGCUUCAGAGAAACAACUGUUUGUCUUAUGGUGGGACUGGAACUUUUUCAAAAGAAGAGUUUUAUGGAUGCCUUGCUAUACCUUAUCUAUGCUUAUCAAAAGAACAAGGAGCUUUUAUCAAAAGGCAUAUAUAGUGGGCAUGAUGAAGAGCUUAUAUCUCACUACAGAAGAGAGUGCUUGCUAAAGUUAAAUGAGUAUGCUGCAGCACAGUUUGAAUCUGGAGAUGAUCAAGAAGUAAAUAAUGGGCUGCUGAUUAUGAAUGAGUUGAUUGUUCCAUGUCUGCCAUUGCUAUUGGUGGACGAAACAGAAGAAAAGGAUAUCGUUGCUGUAGAAGAUAUGAGAAAUCGGUGGUGUUCGUAUCUUGGACAAGAAAUGGAGUCCAACUUACAAGAAAAGCUGACGGACUUCCUGCCAAAAUUGCUAGAUUGUUCUACCGAAAUUAAAGGUUUCAGCGACCCACCAAAGUUACCUUCAUAUUCCACCCAUGAACUGUGUGAGCGAUUUGCCCGAGUCAUGUUGUCACUCAGUCGAACUCCAGCUGAUGGAAGAUAAACUUUGCAGAAUUUCCGCAAGCACACUGUAUAAACACUUUUUAGUUCUUUAACCCUUGCCUUCCUGUCACAGGGUUUGCUUGUUGCUGCUAUAGUUUUUAACUUUUUUCAUUUUAAUAAUUGAACGAAAAGACAGAGGACUGUACAGACAUUAGCCAGACUACAGCCAAUAAAGCUGAGAAUCGCAUGGCACUCAGUUUUUGUUAUCAGCCAGAACUCAUGCAGCAUUACAAGUCUGAUUUAUUAUGACAAACUGGCUUUUUGCCACUUACCUGUUACAGUGUUACUUUGCUUUUUAUCUAAGAUUCUUUAUGUGAUCAUCAACAGCUUUCUGUUCAGCCUGGAUCAUUCAGUGACUGCUUCAAUUUUAAAGUGACCAGUGUAAAAUACAUGGUACCUGGUAGCUUGUAAAUUACAUCAAGAAUAAAAAAAUUUAUUUAUGGCUA